AUGGAGGGUUAUAAUAAAUUCGGCUCACUUGGAGAAGAUUGUGACGAGCCUAUGCCUUACGAUGAAGACGAACCCAGUAGUUCAGAAGCGCCGGACGUACGCGGGAUUAACGUUCCAUUUCCUCCAGGUAUAAAUGAUAUCAAUGCUUCUUUACCCCCUGGUUUUCUCCCAUCGUCAGUCCCUGGAGCCCAUGGACCAGCCAAGGAUGCUUCUGGGCAAAUGUUACCGGGGAUGGUUAACUCUAACAUGCCUCCCGGAUUCAAGUUACCAAACUGGAAUUUUCAAAAGUCUAAUUUCGAUAUGAUGCAAGAUAAAGCUCGCAAAUGGAAAAAAUUGAACACUAGGAGAUUUACUAAGCCUUCUUCUACUCAGGCUACAACUUUUGCAGCUCCUAUGCCACCAGAACACAUAAGAAAGGUUGUUCGUGAUCAUGGUGAUAUGAGUAGUAGGAAAUAUAGAUAUGAUAAAAGAGUUUAUUUGGGAGCACUAAAGUAUGUCCCUCAUGCUGUUUAUAAGUUAUUAGAGAAUAUGCCUAUGCCAUGGGAACAGGUUCGUCAUGUGAAGGUUCUCUAUCAUAUAACUGGUGCUGUCACUUUUGUUGAUGAGAUACCAUGGGUAGCUGAUCCAAUCUUCCUUGCCCAAUGGGGAACAAUGUGGAUUAUGAUGAGAAGAGAAAAACGUGACAGAAGACACUUCAAACGUAUGAGAUUCCCUCCAUUUGACGAUGAAGAACCACCAAUUGACUAUUCUGAAAAUAUUCUGGAUGUACAACCUUUGGAUCCCAUACAAAUGGACCUUGAUCCUGAAGAAGAUGCUAGCGUAAUAGACUGGUUCUAUGAUCAUAGACCGCUUGAAGAUAAUAGAAAACAUAUAAAUGGGCCAAGUUAUAGGAAAUGGUUUUUGACUAUUGAACAAAUGGGUGUAUUGUACAGAUUAGCUAGCCAGCUGUUUUCUGAUAUACAAGAUGAUAAUUAUUUUUAUCUAUUUAAUCUCAAGGCAUUUUACACAGCUAAAGCAUUGAACACUGCAAUUCCUGGAGGACCAAAGUUUGAACCACUAUAUAGGGAUACUUAUGAUGAAGAUGAGGAUUGGAAUGAAUUUAACGAUAUCUCCAAGUUGAUAAUUAGACAACAGAUUAGAACCGAGUAUAAGAUUGCAUUUCCAUACCUGUAUAACAAUCGACCGAGAAAAGUUGCCAUUGGUGUUUACCAUACCAAGCUUUGUGCUUACGUUAAACAGGAAGAUCCUGAGCUUCCUACAUUUUAUUAUGACCCUAUAAUAAAUCCCUUACCUGCAUAUAGGAUUAAGGAGGAGGAUACCUUGCAAACAUCUACUGAUGAUGAGUAUCAGUUACCCGAGGGUAUGGAACCUUUCUUAAAUGAUGUACCAUUGGAGAACGAAACGACUGCAAAUGGAAUAAGUUUAUGUUGGGCACCUCAUCCGUUUGAUAAGAGAUCAGGUAGAUGUCGUAGAGCUAUAGAUUUGCCCAUUGUGCAAUCUUGGUUUCGUGAACACGUUCCAUCAACAUACCCUGUCAAAGUGCGUGUUUCUUAUCAGAAGCUACUGAAAGGAUGGGUAAUAAGCCAUCUUCAUGCUAAAAAGCCUAAAAGCAUGGUUAAAAGACGUUUGUUUAAGGUAUUCAGAGGUACUAAAUUCUUUCAAACUACCACAUUGGAUUGGGUUGAAGUCGGUCUACAAAUUUGCAGGCAAGGUUACAAUAUGUUAAAUCUAUUGAUACAUCGUAAAAAUCUCAACUAUCUACAUCUGGACUAUAAUUUUAAUUUGAAACCGGUGAAGACCCUUACUACAAAGGAGCGUAAGAAGUCACGUUUUGGUAAUGCAUUCCAUUUGUGUCGUGAGAUUUUAAGAUUGACAAAACUUGUAGUAGAUUCUCAUGUACAGUAUAGAUUAGGUAAUGUAGAUGCUUAUCAACUUGCAGAUGGCCUUCAAUAUAUAUUCUCUCAUGUUGGCCAACUCACUGGUAUGUAUCGUUAUAAAUAUCGCUUAAUGCGUCAAGUACGCAUGUGCAAAGACUUAAAGCAUCUGAUUUAUUACAGAUUUAAUACGGGUCCUGUAGGUAAGGGUCCUGGUUGCGGUUUUUGGAUUUGUGGAUGGAGAGUUUGGUGUUUCUUCCUGAGAGGAAUUUUACCUCUUCUUGAAAGAUGGUUAGGUAAUUUACUCGCAAGACAGUUUGAGGGACGUGUAUCUAAGGGUGUUGCUAAGACAGUUACAAAGCAGAGGGUGGAGUCAAAAUUCGAUCUUGAACUCAGAGGAGCUGUGAUGAAUGAUAUUAAGGAUAUGAUGCCAGUUGGACUUCGUGCAACAAAGGUUAAUACAAUUUUUCAACAUUUAUGUGAAGCCUGGAGAUGUUGGAAAGCAAAUAUUCCAUGGAAGGUCCCACAACUUCCAGCUGCUAUUGAAAACCUAAUUCUUAGAUAUGUUAAAAUGAAGGCUGACUGGUGGACAAAUGCAACAUACUAUAACAGAGAAAGGAUCAAAAGGGGCGCAACAGUUGAUAAGACCGUAUGUAAGAAAAAUUUGGGUAGACUCACUCGUUUAUGGCUAAAGUCAGAACAGGAACGCCAACACAACUAUCUAAAGGAUGGUCCAUAUGUAAGCGCAGAUGAGGCAGUUGCUAUAUACACUACUGCUGUGCACUGGUUAGAAUCAAGGAAGUUCACUCAUAUCCCAUUUCCUCCACUAAACUACAAGCACGAUACAAAGCUUUUGAUUUUAGCAUUAGAGCAAUUAAAGGAACAAUAUACUGCAUCUAGCCGUCUGAAUCAAUCAAUGAGAGAAGAACUCGGUCUUAUAGAACAGGCUUAUGAUAAUCCUCAUGAAGCGUUAAGUAGAAUUAAAAGGCAUUUACUAACACAAAGAACAUUUAAAGAAGUUACUAUAGAGUAUAUGGAUUUAUACUCCCACAUUACUCCUGUUUACGAUAUAGAUCCUCUAGAGAAAAUUACAGAUGCGUAUCUGAGCCAAUAUCUCUGGUUUGAAGGUGAUAUGAGGGGGUUAUUCCCAAAUUGGAUAAAACCUGCGGAUAGUGAGCCUCCACCUCUGUUAGUUUAUAAGUUUUGCCAAGGAAUAAACAAUCUCCAUGAUGUAUGGAACUUUAAUGAUACACAUUUGGUUCUUUUACAGAGUAAAUUUGAUAGGGUAUAUGAAAAGAUUGAUCUUACACUUUUGAACCGUCUCCUUAGACUUAUUGUGGAUCAUAAUGUAGCAGAUUAUAUAACAGCAAAAAAUAACGUUAGCAUUGCCUUUAAGGAUAUGAGUCACAUAAACAGCUAUGGAUUCAUUAGGGGUUUACAGUUCGCAUCUUUCGUAUUUCAAUAUUAUGGUUUGAUUUUAGAUUUACUUGUAUUGGGACUUACGAGAGCUACAGAAAUUGCAGGUCCACAUAGUAUGCUAAAUGACUUCCUGUGUUUUACCGAUACAGCCACCGAGACUAGACAUCCCAUCAGACUUUAUUGCCGAUAUAUUGACAAAAUCUAUAUUCUUUUCAAAUUUACCAACAAUGAAGCCAGGGAAUUGGUACAGAGAUAUCUCACUGAAAACCCAGAUCCAAAUAAUGAAAACGUAGUUGGAUAUAAUAACAAGAGUUGCUGGCCAAAGGAUUGUAGAAUGAGAUUAAUGAAGCAAGAUGUAAAUUUAGGUCGUGCUACGUUUUGGGAAAUACAAGCACGUCUGCCAAGAUCUAUAACGACUUUAGAAUGGUCUGACUCAUUUGUAUCUGUAUAUGGAAAGGAUAAUCCCAAUCUUUUGUUUAGUAUGUGCGGCUUCGAAGUUAGAAUGUUACCAAGGGUUAGAUCCUCAAAAAUGGCAUCACAGUUAGAAGCUACCUGGAAGUUGCAGAAUGAAAAAACAAAGGAACUUGCAGCUACUGCGUACCUUAGGGUAGAUGAAGAAAGUAUGAGAAAAUUUGAAAAUAGGGUACGCCAAAUUCUAAUGUCCAGUGGAGGUACUACAUUUACAAAAAUUGCCAAUAAAUGGAAUACUGCACUAAUAGGAUUAAUGACGUACUUCAGAGAAGCCGUUAUACACACGAAUGAACUACUUGAUCUAUUGGUUAAAUGUGAAAACAAGAUACAAACACGUAUAAAGAUAGGUCUAAAUAGUAAAAUGCCUUCCAGAUUCCCCCCAGUUGUGUUUUAUACUCCAAAAGAACUUGGAGGUUUAGGUAUGCUUUCUAUGGGACAUAUUUUGAUCCCACAAUCUGAUCUGAAAUUUAGUAAGCAAACGGAUGCAGGUAUCACUCACUUUAGAAGUGGAUUAUCUCAUGAAGAGGACCAACUUAUACCUAACUUGUACAGAUAUAUCCAAACUUGGGAAAGUGAAUUCAUAGAAAGUCAAAGAGUGUGGGCUGAAUAUGCAUUAAAGAGGCAAGAAGCCCAGGCUCAGAAUCGUAGACUUACUUUGGAAGACUUGGAAGAUUCUUGGGAUCGUGGUAUUCCUAGAAUAAAUACACUUUUCCAGAAGGAUAGGCAUACGCUUGCCUAUGAUAAAGGAUGGCGUGUGCAGCAAGAUUUUAAGCAGUACCAUCUUUUGAAGGUUAAUCAGUUUUGGUGGACACAUCAAAAGCAUGAUGGGAAACUUUGGAAUCUUAAUAAUUAUAGGACAGAUAUGAUUCAAGCCUUGGGCGGUGUAGAAGGUAUCCUUGAACAUACACUCUUCAAGGGAACAUACUUUGCUACUUGGGAAGGAUUAUUCUGGGAAAAGGCUUCCGGUUUUGAGGAAUCAAUGAAGUAUAAGAAAUUGACAAAUGCACAAAGAAGUGGUUUGAACCAAAUUCCAAAUCGUAGAUUUACACUUUGGUGGUCUCCUACGAUCAACAGAGCAAAUGUUUAUGUGGGUUUCCAAGUACAACUUGAUCUUACUGGUAUAUUUAUGCAUGGAAAACUUCCUACUCUUAAAAUCUCCCUGAUCCAGAUUUUCAGGGCUCAUUUGUGGCAAAAAAUACAUGAAUCUAUUGUAAUGGAUCUCUGCCAGGUUCUAGAUCAAAUGCUUGAUACGUUGGACAUUGAAACUGUGCAGAAGGAGACUAUACAUCCAAGAAAGUCAUACAAGAUGAACAGUAGCUGUGCUGAUAUUCUCCUGCUUGCAGCAUACAAAUGGCAUGUGUCAAAACCUUCUCUUCUGACAGAUGGCUCCGCAGAUGAUAUGCGUUCUGAUAUGGAUUCAAAAGAUGCAAAAACUACCAGCAAUAAAUAUUGGAUAGAUGUGCAACUACGUUGGGGUGAUUAUGAUAGUCAUGAUAUCGAAAGAUAUUCUAGGGCAAAAUUUUUGGAUUACACAACUGAUAGUAUGUCUAUAUAUCCCUGUCCUACUGGUUGCUUGAUAGCCGUUGAUUUAGCCUAUAAUUUACACAGUGGAUACGGUUACUGGUUCAAGGGAGUAAAACCUGUACUUGCUCAGGCAAUGAAUAAGAUCAUGAAGGCGAAUCCUGCCUUGUAUUCUCUCAGAGAAAGAAUUAGAAAAGGUUUGCAACUUUAUGCUAGUGAACCUACGGAGCCAUACCUAACAUCGCAAAAUUUUGGAGAACUGUUUGGUGCUCAGACUAUUUGGUUUGUUGAUGAUUCUAAUGUUUAUCGUGUCACAAUGCAUAAAACGUUUGAAGGAAACUUCACAACUAAACCAACAAAUGGAGCAAUAUUUAUAUUUAACCCUAAAACUGGACAAUUGUUUUUAAAGGUUAUUCAUACCUCUGUAUGGGCUGGUCAGAAGAGGCUUAGCCAACUUGCAAAAUGGAAGACUGCAGAAGAAGUUGCAGCUUUGAUUCGUUCCCUUCCUGUAGAGGAACAACCAAAACAAAUUAUAGUCACCAGGAGGGGUAUGCUUGAUCCUCUAGAGGUUCAUUUGUUGGAUUUCCCUAAUAUUGUUAUAAAGGGUUCGGAAUUGCAGCUGCCUUAUAAGUCUAUUAUGAAUUUGGAGAAAUUUGGGGAUCUGAUAUUAAAGGCUACACAACCAGAAAUGGUGUUGUUUAAUCUAUAUGAUGAUUGGCUCAAGAGUAUAAGUAGUUGUACGGCAUUUAGCCGCUUAAUCCUCAUAUUGCGCGCGAUACAUGUAAACUGUGACCGUGCAAAAGUUAUUUUGAGACCAAACAAGACAACCGUUACUCUUGCACAUCAUGUAUGGCCGAGUUUAACAGAUGAAGAAUGGAUCAAUUGUGAAGUAGCACUCAAAGAUAUUAUAUUGGCUGAUUAUGCCAAGAGGAAUGGAAUUAAUCCAUCCAGUCUCACACAAACUGAAAUUAGAGAUGUUAUUCUUGGUAUGGAAAUAUCUACUCCUGACGCACAGAGACAAGAAAUUGAACAAAAUGCCAAUGAAUUAGCCACUAAAUCAGUUACGACACGAACUGUUAAUGUACAUGGAGAAGAGAUCAUUGUAACAACACAAAGUCCUCACGAACAAAAGGUAUUUGCAAGCAAAACCGACUGGAGAAGCAGAUGUCUUGCAUCUGGAUCUUUGCACCUCAGAUACAAACACAUGUAUGUCUCUAACAUCCAAUCUGCAGAUACACUUGUUAUACCCAAGAAUUUGCUCAAGAUGCUGUUGUCUGUAUCAGACCUUCGUACACAGAUUGCGGUUUAUCUUUAUGCAGAAAAACAAAAUGUAGAUGAAGAAGAGAAUCUAUGGAAAGUCGUUUGUAUGGUAUUGGUACCUCAAGUUGGAAGUCACAAGAGUGUUGACUUACCAAGACAAUGUCCACAACAUGAAUCUUUAAAGCAUUUGACACCAGUAGGAUGGUUAUUUACCCGGCCCAGUGAAGGAGAAAUUCCUGUUCAAGCUCUUGAAAACCAUAGUAGGAUGAUGAACGAUUUUGGUUGGGAUACAAAUGCUCUCUUGACAACAUGUACAUUUACACCAGGUUCAUGUGCUAUCGCUGCCUACAAACUUUUGUCUAUGGACAUUCCAAAGGGAGAAGACGCAAAUACAAGUUCGCUUUUGGACCAAGUUCAAGUGCUUGUAUCUGAGACAUUUAUGGGAUUUUUCUUAGUUCCUAUGGACGGAGCUUGGAACUAUAACUUUAUGGGUGCCAAACAUUCUAGCCAUAUGCAAUACCAACUUCACGUUGAAAUUCCAAAACCCUUUUACGAUCCAGUUCACAGACCAAUACACUUUUUGCAAUUUGCACAGUCUAGUGACAUGAAAGGUUUUGAUGCAGAAUCUCAUUUUUAA